CGCGUGAUCACAUAUUCCCGGGACUACUAACCCCCAAAACCCUCUCCAUGCUCCAGGCGCCGUUUUCUUCCAUCGGCUCAAAGCAGAACCAGUAAGUCGGGAACCUUCGCCAAACUCAGUCGAGGGACGCCGGCGGAGAGCUGAGCGGAAAGAGAUGGCGCAGUCAUUGGAGCUGUUGCUCAUUCAGUUUCUGAUGCCGGACAAUGACGCUAGGAGGCAGGCGGAGGACCAGAUAAAGCGUCUCGCGAAGGAUCCGCAGGUUGUCCCCGUCCUAGCUGAACACCUGCGUACUGCAAAGACGCCCAACGUCCGCCAGCUCGCCGCCGUGCUGCUACGCAAGAAGAUCACCGGUCAUUGGGGCAAGCUUACUCCUGAGCUCCGACAGCUCGUCAAGCAGUCAUUAAUAGAGAGCAUCACCGUGGAGCACAGUUCACCUGUUCGGAGAGCUAGUGCUAAUGUGGUCAGUAUUAUUGCAAAGUAUGCAGUUCCUGCUGGGGAAUGGCCUGAGUUGCUGCCGUUUUUAUUUCAGUGCAGUCAAAGUCAUCAAGAAGACCAUAGAGAAGUCGCUUUGAUACUUUUCAGCUCCUUAACUGAAACGAUAGGGACUUCAUUUCAACCACAUUUCAUGAACUUGCAGUCACUGCUGCUGAAAUGCCUUCAAGAUGAAACUAGCAGUCGCGUUAGAGUUGCUGCGUUGAAGGCUGUUGGCUCUUUUCUAGAGUUCACUCAUGAUCAGGAUGAAGUGGUGAAGUUUCGGGAAUUCAUUCCCAGUAUUUUAAAUGUGUCAAGACAGUGCCUUUCUUCUGGUGAUGAAGAUGUUGCCAUAUUGGCUUUUGAAAUAUUUGAUGAGCUGAUAGAAUCUCCUGCACCUCUUCUUGGAGAUUCGGUCAAGGCAAUUGUGCAGUUUUCUCUGGAGGUUUGCUCUAGCCUCAACUUGGAAUCCAAUACAAGGCAUCAGGCAAUUCAAAUAAUAUCAUGGCUUGCGAAGUAUAAACACAAUUCUCUGAAAAAGUACAAGCUUGUCACCCCGAUUCUGCAAGUUAUGUGUCCAUUGCUAGCAGAGUCAACAAACAGGGAAGAAGAUGACGAUCUUGCUCCAGAUCGAGCUGCUGCAGAAGUUAUUGAUACCAUUGCUAUAACCCUGCCUAAACACGUUUUUCCACCUGUUUUUGAAUUUGCUUCUGUGAGCAUCCAAAAUCCAAACCCGAAGUUUAGAGAAGCUUCAGUCACGUCUCUGGGUGUUAUAUCAGAAGGUUGUUCCGAGCUCAUGAAAAGUAAGCUGGCCCCUAUUCUUCAGGUUGUAGGAGGGGCCCUUAGAGAUCCUGAGCAAGUGGUGAGAGGUGCAGCUUCAUUUGCAAUGGGCCAAUUUGCUGAGCACCUUCAACCGGAGAUAGUGUCUCACUAUGAAAGCGUUCUUCCUUGCAUUUUAAAUGCCAUCGAGGAUGUAUCUGAUGAAGUUAAGGAAAAGUCAUAUUAUGCUCUGGCAGCAUUCUGUGAGAAUAUGGGUGAAGAGAUUCUUCCUUUUCUGGAUCCUUUGAUGGGAAAAUUGCUUCAUUGUCUGCAAAACAGCCCCCGUAACCUACAAGAGACAUGCAUGUCUGCCAUUGGUUCAGUUGCAUCAGCUGCAGAAGAAGCAUUUGUUCCGUAUGCGCAGCCAGUUUUGGAGUUGAUGAAGAAUUUCAUGGUGCUUACCAACGAUGAAGAUCUCUGUUCACGAGCAAGAGCCACUGAACUGGUGGGUAUAGUUGCAAUGUCUGCUGGAAGGACAAGGAUGGAGUCCAUUUUACCUCCUUUCAUUGAAGCUGCAAUUUCUGGGUUUUCCUUAGAAUUUAGUGAACUUCGGGAAUAUACUCAUGGGUUCUUCAGUAAUGUAGCAGAAAUCUUAGAUGAUGGGUUUGCUCAGUAUCUUCCUCAUGUUGUUCAUCUGGCCUUUUCCUCAUGCAACCUUGAUGACGGCUCUGCUGUGGAUGUUGAUGAUUCUGAUGGGGAUGAGAAUAUUCAUGGAUUUGGUGGGGUUUCAUCUGAUGAUGAAGCACAUGAUGAAGCAAGAGUUAGAAAUAUCAGCAUACGAACAGGUGUAUUGGAUGAAAAGGCAGCUGCCACUCAAGCCCUUGGCCUAUUUGCGCUACACACAAAGAAACAUUAUGCACCAUACUUGCAAGAAACAUUGAGGAUUAUGGUAAAGCAUUCUUCAUACUUUCACGAGGAUGUUCGUCUGCAGGCAACUAUUGGUCUCAAGCAUGUUUUGACAGCAACCCAUGCAAUUGCCCAAGAUCAAAAUGAAGGGACUUUGAAAGCAAACACAGUGCUUGCUGCUAUAAUGGGUAUCUAUAUCAAGGCAAUGACUGAUGACGACGACAAGGAAGUUGUUGCUCAAGCUUGUAUGGGCAUUGCUGACAUUAUGAAGGAUUUCGGAUAUUUAACUGUCGAGCCAUUCAUUGAUGAGAUUGUUAAGGCGACCUUGGUGCUGUUAAAUGAGCAGUCUGCUUGUCAGAUAAUUGAUUCAGACAGUGAGGUGGAUGAUGAUGACACUUCACACGAUGAAGUGCUUAUGGAUGCUGUUUCAGAUCUCCUUCCAGCCUUUGCCAAGGCAAUGGGUUCUCAGUUUGCUCCUGUAUUUUCAAAGAUGUAUGAUCCAUUGAUGAAGUUUGCGAGAGCAGCUCGUCCUCCUCAAGAUCGGACUAUGGUUGUUGCAAGCCUUGCUGAAGUCGCUCAGCAUAUGGGUGCUCCGAUCGCUAUUUAUACUGAUGCUGUGAUGCCACUUGUACUCAAGGAAUUAGCAUCUCCAGAGCCAACGAACCGCAGAAAUGCUGCUUUUUGUGCUGGGGAAAUGUGCAAAAAUGGUGGCGAGUCUGCUUUGAAAUACUACGGAGAAAUCUUGCGUGGCCUAUACCCAUUAUUUGGAGAGUCAGAGCCAGAUCAUGCAGUUAGAGACAAUGCUGCAGGUGCAGUAGCUAGGAUGAUUAUGGCGCACCCAGAAUCAAUCCCGUUGGAUCAGGUGCUACCUGUUUUCUUGAAAGUGCUUCCCCUUAAAGAGGAUCACGAGGAAUCAGUGGUCGUAUAUAGCUGCAUCUGUAGUCUGGUUUUAUCAUCCAACUCCCAUAUCCUGGCCUUAGUUCCGCAAUUGGUAAACCUUUUCGCACAGGUGGCCGUUUCUCCAGUUGAAACCCCUGAGGUCAAGGCUCAUGUUGGCAGAGCAUUCUCUCACUUGUUUACCCUUUAUGGUCACCAAAUGCAGCCUCUUUUGGGCAACCUUUCUCCUGCACAUGCUAAUGCCCUUGCUGCAAUUUCCUCUAAAAGCUGAGGCCAGUUGGGGGCACCUGUAAACUAUGUCUUUUGCAUUAUAUCACACAACCAGGUUUAUACAGCUGUCUCGGGUUUUCUUACGUGGAGCUGUUCUUGAUUGCCAGUUUUGAUACGACAUUUUUUUUAAAAUUCAUUCUUUCUUUUCUUCUUGAUGUGUGUUUAGUACAUUAGCACAUGGUCUCUUUUCUGAGGGUUUUAUGAGGUUGUUGAUAGUUCUAUAUUUAUAUUUGUUAAAAUUAAUAAGUGUGUAAAUCUUUCGUUCAUGUGUGAAUGUGUGAUCUUCAAACAUUCAUUGAUUGAGGCAGACAUAAAAGCAUUCGUUUAAAUUA